CAGUUGCCUGCCAGAAUCAAAGCUAUAAAGGCAGAGAGGGGCUAGGGACCACAUCCUACACGGAUGCUGCAAGUCCUGCCUUGCCUCCCAACAGCCCUGGGCUAAGAAGAUGCUGGGGCUUCGGUCGUGGCCUUGCUCAUUUUUCCUCUUCUUGGUUCUGCUCUCUGCCAGCGUUCAGACUGUGUCCUUACCAGGACAGAGGCUACAGAUGCUCCUUUCACGAUUGCUGCCCCUGGAGCCCGAGUCCACACUGACUGAAGAGGACACGAAGGAGGGGUCCAGCUUUGGUCCUCAGCUGCUCUCUUCCACUCUCCCCUUCCUCCCAUCUGGGGCUAGAGCUGCCCGUCCAUCCCUCUGGCGCAAGAACCUGUCCACUCGCAAGUGGGCACUGCCUGGAGAUUGGGCCUGGAAGGCCAUGCCCAGGGGUUGCUUCGGGCUGAAACUGGACCGAAUCGGGACCUUCAGUGGUUUGGGGUGUUAGCUUUGGAGGGCCUCCGAGGUGAGAGGGAUAAGAAUGUGGGCUCGAGCGAGCGGACAGGGAAGUUCAGGGCAGAGCUGAGUGCACAGACAGCGAGGGGAUGGGGCAGCGGAUCAGGCUGUGGGGCCACCACUUGCCAGCUGCCGGGGCAAAGUCCGGGACAGGGGACACCCCGUGCUGCCGGCGUGGUGCUGGGGCCCGGCAGGGGCGAGAGCAGGUGGGCGGGACACCGCUGGGCGGCUCACCGGGCCCGCUUCUCCGCAGCCGGAGGGCACCCAGCCUCGGAAACCUGCAGGGCUCGGUAACCAGCAUCGGCUCGGGAACCAGCACGGCACACCGCUGCGCGAAGCCCUGAAGCUCCCGCCCCGAAAAUGGGAGGCUGCGGCAGCGAGGAAGCGGCGCGGCGGUACGAGGAGGAGCUGCCCGGUUCCGCAGCUGCCCCCCGCGGACGCUGAAUCCCCGCUCCGCCGGCAGCCCCUCCCUGCUCCCCGUGCCUGAGGACUCUCUCAU